UUCUCCACUCUUUCUCUUCAUUGCUGGUUGCUCACGCCAGCCAGCUCAAACCCAAAGAGCUCUUCUGUCCCUUUCACACUGAUCGAGCUUUAAAGCCACAACUUUCCCCCCUGAAAAACUGAGACAUUGCUCCACUGGAACUUAUUGCUCAAGUCUAAAGGCAACUUAUCUUUGAACCAAAGGAGAGGUGUGACGAAGAGGAGCAACAGGAUACAAGUGAAUCAGCGACACCUUCACGGUGUUGUCACUACAGUGGAGUUCAAGCUCCUGCAUGUUAAAACUGAUCUGAGCUAUGACUCAAAGCAAUGGGGAGAACCCACAGCGGGCUCGGAGUGGUCUCCACCAGAUCCGGGCCGGAAUCCAGUCCCGAUCGUUGCUGGCCAAGAAGAGAGUGGAGAACAUCACGAAGAACGAUGUAAAGAGAUUCUUCAUUAGAAAUGCCUUUGUGAUCCUCACUGUUGCUGCUGUCAUUAUUGGUAUAAUCCUGGGAUUUGCCUUACGGCCAUAUAAAAUGUCGUACCGUGAAGUGAAGUUCUUCUCCUUCCCCGGAGAGCUGCUGAUGAGAAUGUUGCAGAUGCUGGUGCUGCCCCUGCUGGUUUCCAGUCUCAUCACAGGUAUGGCGUCUCUGGACAGCCGUGCCUCUGGAAAAAUGGGCAUGAGGGCCGUGGUUUAUUACACCACCACAACCGUCAUCGCUGUGUUCAUUGGUAUUGUCAUGGUGCUCAUUAUUCACCCUGGAAAAGGAUCAAAGGAUGAGUUCACCAAGCCACAGCAGAUAGAGCAGGUCAGCGCUGCUGAUGCCUUUCUGGAUCUUAUCAGAAACAUGUUUCCUCCUAACCUUGUGGAAGCUUGCACCAAACAGUUCAAGACACAGUAUGCCAAAAGAGUAGUCCAUGUGACAAUGACUGUGAACGACACAAUAUUUGCACCCAACGGCAGCCAGACAAUAGCCCGAGAGGAGAUGAUCCCAGUGCCAGGAGCAGUUAAUGGAAUCAAUGCUCUCGGCCUAGUAGUGUUCUCCAUAUGCUUUGGUCUGAUCAUCGGGAACAUGAGGGAGCAGGGGCAACCCCUAAAGGACUUCUUUGACUCCCUCAACGAAGCCGUCAUGAGGCUGGUUGCCAUAAUAAUGUGGUAUGCCCCCGCUGGUAUCUUGUUCCUGAUUGCUGGCAAAAUUGUGGAGAUGGAUGACAUUACAUCCAUGGGCAGCCAGCUGGGAAUGUAUACGGUGACAGUCAUUUGCGGUCUGCUCAUCCACGCCAUCUUGGUCCUGCCAACGCUCUACUUCAUCAUCACCAGAAAGAACCCCUUUGUCUUUAUAGCUGGGCUGUUGCAGGCUCUCAUCACUGCCCUCGGAACAUCCUCUAGUUCUGCCACAUUGCCUAUAACAUUUAAAUGCCUGGAAGAAAACAACAAGGUGGACAAACGCGUGACUCGAUUUGUGCUUCCAGUCGGUGCCACCAUAAACAUGGAUGGCACCGCUCUAUAUGAAGCCCUGGCUGCCAUCUUUAUCGCGCAGGUCAAUGACUUUGACCUGAACUUUGGGCAGAUUCUUACCAUCAGUAUCACGGCCACAGCAGCCAGCAUUGGAGCAGCUGGAAUCCCUCAGGCAGGACUGGUCACCAUGGUGAUAGUGCUAACGUCUGUAGGCCUGCCCACGGAUGACAUCACACUAAUCAUUGCUGUUGAUUGGUUCCUGGACCGAUUGCGCACCAUGACCAAUGUCCUAGGAGACUCCAUUGGUGCAGGUAUUGUGGAACACCUGUCUCGCCAUGAGUUACAGAAGAAAGACCCCGAGGUGGGAAACUCAGUAGUGGAGGAGGCAGACAAGAAGCCAUAUCAGCUCAUCUGCCAGGAGAAUGAGUAUGAGAAUGAGAGGCCUGCUGACAGUGAGACCAAGAUGUAGGGACGAGAUUUGGGUUCAAGGCUGCAUAUGUUCUUCAGAGAAUCAUUGCACUGCAUUGAACCAAGCUCUCAACUAAACUCCUUUGAAUUUUCAAACCUCCUUCUUACAAAAUUGGAGGAUUUAAAAUAAAAUUGAUCUACAGCUAGAAUAUAUUUCAGCCAAGUAAGUUGAAACCUCACACUAAUAUGUGAGGUUUCCCACACACACUGCAGACUUGAAAUGAUUCAUGGUUGCAAUUGCUUUUCGACGGGUUUGUGCUAUGAUGCUUCAUGAGAGAACUAUUUGUGAAUGCCAUAAGGUGGCAGCUGUUUACGAUUAAGAAUGAAAGACAGAGCCCAGUGGUUCUUGGCCUGAGUGCCAUAAAUCCAACUUCCCUCAGAACUGUGAUAACUAUUCUCACCCACUAGAGGCCAGUAUUGCUGUGAGUCUGAUCACCACAGCAGAAUACAGCCCAAUACUUGCACAAACUUUUUCUGGCUUUAAAGUUCACGGUUUUGUUUUCUUGCAGUGGUGUUUUGUAUAAAACAUGUAAGUAAAGAGGUAGUAAAUCUAUCUGGAAUGUUGGAAUUCAUGCACAUAACUUGGGGAACCAACUUCUUUGAAGGGAAAAGGAGCUAUUACAAACUUCUGUACAGACAUCUGUGGCUUUACUUUUUAUGAUUUGCUGUACAAAUUUCAUCUGAAUGAAUGACUUAAAUGAUUUACCUUAAUUUACACAUACUCUUAUUGCUUAACUGUCCAAAGCAGCAAUGCUAUUGCUAGACAUACAAAUCCGUCAUUCAACCUAUACAAAUUUGUUUUUUUCGUUGAACAUAUGUUCCUUGAAACAAUUGUUACAAUCAUUAAGACUGAAACACCAAAAUCAUUUGGCUAUGUUGUUACCUGUAAAUUUGCUGACCUGAGAAUUUGACCUGCCAUCAAAUUAGAAUUGUUCACUGUUACGGUUUAACCAAAAAAAUAAAAAAAUAAAUAAACACCAAAAAAUACAAACCAAAUUUCUGUACAGUUCAGUCAAAUCCCAUCCAAACAAAUCGGUAACCUGUAGAAGACAGUGUGGUUUUAAUAGGAAAAUAGUAAUAAAUUCUAAUGGUGAUUGUGGAUCAGUCGGUUCUAUAGAUAUAUACACAUCCUCUAACAUGGGCGUGGAGCUAAAAACUGUUUAGCUGAAACACUCACAUGUCACUAUAAAAUAUUUGUUGCAUUAAAUUAGUAAAAUGGUAGGCUGGCUGUAUGAUUUUCAUAUUAUACUAGACUACAUUUAAGUUUUGACUAUUCUCAAUUAAGCUUCUUGUAGAAAUUAAAAUUGAAUACUUAUUUCUUAUGAUUUAUUAUCCAUGCAUGUUGUAAAGUUAUAGAUUUCAUUUUAAUCCCCAUUUUUUUAUUUGAACUAAUUCAGUAUAUAUAGCAAAUAUGACAUUUGCAUAGCAGUUGCAUUGUAUAGAAGAUUCAUCUGAAUAUAGUGUCUUUGUAUAGAGAAAUGUAGAUAAAUUUGUCUAUUAAUUGUAGAUUGAAAUGGCAAAAGGUCAUUUGAGGAUUGUAUACAUAAGGAUGCUAUGACCUAAUGACCAAACUAACAGUCCUUCUAGUUCCUCUUUACAAAUGCAAAACUGGCUGAUUUAAAGGAGCAAAUGUUCUCCUUUACGCGCUUAAGGAAAUGGAAUAGUUCCUUCGUUUACAGUUGCUGAUGUGUCUCUUUAUAUGACUCGUUCCGUGAAUUGACACACCCACCCACCCACCCACCCACACACACACACACACACACACACACACACACACACACACACAUACACACACACAAAUUGAGUAGUAGUUGUAGGUUCUUCUUGCAUGGAUUUUUUUUGGAAUAAAAAAAUAAAAUCAUU